UGGCUGGCUAUUAUCAUCCAUCAUCAAGACACCUUCAAUCUCAUAUCUACAUGCUUUAUCGAAAAAACUAAAGAAGUGAGGAUGGACGACGAGCAGGGGAGACCCAAUCAAUCAACCACUACCAAGACAAGAUCUGGUACUCGUGAGGGGUUGAUAGAUACGUUUGCUGUACAGUGUGGAUGGUGCUUCAAAUGGAGAAAAAUAUAUACUCGGGAAGUUUUUGAGGAGAUUAGAAUGAGAGUAAAAGAAGAAGAGUUUGUGUGCAAUACGAUUGAAGGUGUGUCAUGUCUUGAUGAUGCAGAGCUAGAAUAUGACUCCACUAGAAUAUGGGUCGUGGACAAGCCUGGCGUGGCAAAGACACCAACAGGGUUCGAAAGGGAGAUAGUUUUGAGGAAGGACAACUCGAGAGUGGAUGUGUUCUACGUCACUCCAACAGGGAAGAAGAUGAGGACUCUCAAUGAACUUGCAGCCUUCAUCGAUGCAAAUCCAGAUUUCAACCGCUUGAAGAGUUUACUUUCACAGCCCCAAAAAUAAUGGAAGAAACUAUACCGGGUGGUAAACGUAAGAGGAUCUCCAAGCCAUCCAAGGAACAUGAGUAAUUUGAGCUACCAAGCUUUUCCGAGUCUCCAAACUUUAUUAGCCUUUGGACUUCUUAAUUUGAUAUGCUUUUUAAACCUCUCUCUGACUCUGGCUGGAUCUUUAUUUUUCUUGUGAAAGUUGACAUUUCUCCUCUUUUCAUUAUGUCA